CUGCACCGGGUGUAACCAGCGAGCUAACAUUAGGCUAGUUAGAUGUAGCUAGCUAGCUAUAGAUAUUUGUGGGUGUACGCAGCUGUAGAAUGAACCUUAUACACGCAAAUAUUGAGGGGCAGCAAUAAAACGUGUUGCUGUCACUUCGUUUUAAAGUCGCACUAUUGUUGCCGUCGACGUCUUCGGUCUGUUUGUUUGCCCCAUUAGCUGCCUUGUGUUGGUCUGUUAGCCUCCUCAGCUAGCCAGUGUCGUAUGGGUAUCAGAGUUAGCAGUGACUUCACCCGGCUGCUGGUUGCCUGAUCUUUCAUUUUGGACACGUCAAGGUCCCUCCAGUCUGUAGCUUAAGUUUAGGGGGUGUGAUGUCAGAAGCCAAGACCCCCACUCCCACCCCUCCUGGAGACACAUACAAAGGAUGGGUGUUCAAGUGGACAAAUUACAUCAAGGGUUAUCAGCGGAGGUGGUUUGUGCUGAGCAAUGGGCUGCUGUCAUACUACAGGACCCAGGCAGAGAUGGGUCACACGUGUCGGGGCACCAUCAACUUGGCUACAGCUACUAUCACUGUGGAUGAUGCCUGCAACUUUGUCAUCUCCAAUGGAGGGGCACAAACAUAUCACCUCAAGGCCAGCUGUGAGGUGGAACGUCAGCGAUGGAUCACUGCCCUGGAGCUGGCCAAAGCCAAGGCUGUCCGCAUGCAGGCAGAGUCAGAUGACUCGGGCGAUGACUUCCCUUCAUCGUCACCACGCAUCACACAAGGUGGUGGGUCACAAAAUUCAGAAGUCCAGUCUGCUCUCAGAACCCUGAGCAACAAAGUGGAGGAUCUGAGCACCUGCAACGAUCUGAUCUCAAAGCAUGGCUCUGCCCUCCAGAGGUCAUUAGCAGAACUGGAUGGUUUACGUCUGACUGGAGAGGCUGGGGAUAAGAUUCGCCAGGUCACAGAAAGAGCCACUCUGUUCCGCAUCACCUCUAACGCCAUGAUCAAUGCGUGCCGAGACUUCUUGACGCUGGCACAAACUCACAGCAAGCGAUGGCAAAAGGCCCUGCAGGCUGAGCGUGAGCAGAGAGUGCGGCUGGAGGAGACUUUAGAGCAACUGGCCAAACAGCACAAUCACCUCGAGCGAGCAUUCAGAGGAGCCGCACAGGCUAAUGCUAGUCCAGACAAUAAAGGUGCUGCUGGGCCAGGAAAAGGUGAGGCCAGUGAUGAGGAUGAUGACAAUGAGUUCUUUGAUGCCAUGGAAGAAGCCCCCGAGUUUAUCACUGUACCUGCGGACCCCCAGUUUCACAAAAGGUCAAGCAGUAAUAUCAGCGGCCUCAAUAGUGAAUUGUGUGCAGAUGAUCAGUCGCUUAACGAGGAGCCUCUUGCGAUGAACCAGGAGUCCCCCUCCCAGGAGCUGGUACCCUUAAAGAAGAGGCGGACACGCAUCCCAGACAAACCAAACUACUCCCUCAACCUUUGGAGCAUCAUGAAAAACUGCAUCGGCAAAGAGCUGUCUAAGAUCCCGAUGCCUGUUAAUUUCAAUGAGCCCAUCUCCAUGCUGCAGCGGUUGUCUGAGGACCUCGAGUACCACGAGUUGCUGGAUAAGGCCGCAAAGUGUCAGAACUCUUUGGAGCAGAUGUGCUACGUGGCCGCCUUCGCAGUGUCUGCCUACUCCACCACAGUCUACCGCACGGGAAAGCCUUUCAACCCUCUGCUGGGAGAAACGUAUGAGUUGGACCGCAAGAGAGAAAGUGGCUACCGCUCCCUAUGUGAGCAGGUGAGUCACCACCCACCUGCUGCUGCACAUCAUGCUAUCUCUGAUCGUGGCUGGACGUUGAGACAAGAAAUCACAGUUGCGAGCAAGUUCAGGGGGAAAUACCUCUCCAUUAUGCCUUUGGGCACAAUUCAUGCAGUCUUUGAGAAGAGCAAUAAUCACUACACAUGGAAGAAAGUUAACACCACGGUGCACAACAUCAUUGUCGGAAAACUUUGGAUCGAUCAGUCUGGUGAGAUAGACGUAGUAAACCACACCACCGGAGACCGCUGCCACUUAAAGUUUGCUCCUUACAGCUACUUCUCCAGGGAUGUAGCCAGAAAGGUUACAGGUGUGGUAAUGGAUAAAGAUGGAAAGGCGCACUACGUGCUGUCGGGCACAUGGGACGAGAAGAUGGAGUUCUCCAAGGUGAUGCAGAGCAGCCGAGGAGGCGAGAACGGCACUGAGGGCAAACAGAAGACGGUCUAUCAGACCCUUAAAGCCAGAGAGUUGUGGAGAAGAAACCCUUUACCCGAUGGAGCAGAAACCAUGUACUACUUUACUGCCUUGGCCUUGACCCUGAACGAGCCUGAGGAGGGCGUGGCUCCCACGGACAGCCGACGCCGGCCUGACCAGCGCUUAAUGGAGGAAGGUCGCUGGGACGAGGCCAAUGCCGAGAAGCAGCGGCUGGAGGAGAAGCAGCGCACCGCCCGCCGUGAGAGAGAGAGGGAGGCCGCAAGCCAACGCACCUCGAGUCAAUCAGAAGAAGCUGUCGAUGAGGACUCUGUUACUGAUCCCUCCUUGAAAGGCAAG